AUGAGGUCCCUGGGGGCUCUUAAAUGAGAAGGCCCCUGGCCUUAGGAACCAGUGUGAUUCGCUGACCCUUCUCCUGGCGGAUUUAGCGCGACCUGCCUGACUUGAGAACAUGUCUUCUUCUAGCCCGGACCAACGCCUGGAGCAUCUCCUGAGCGCCGUGGAGAGCGAGUUCCAGAAGGGCAGCGAGAAGGGAGACGUGACCGAGAGGGACAUUAAACUGACCCUGGAGGACGCGGAGCUGUGGAACAAGUUUAAAGAGUUAACCAACGAGAUGAUCGUCACCAAGACAGGGAGGAGAAUGUUUCCGGUUCUCAGGGUCAACGUCUCAGGCCUGGACCCGAACGCCAUGUACUCGGUGCUGCUGGAUUUUGUAGCCGCGGAUAACAAUCGCUGGAAAUAUGUGAACGGGGAGUGGGUGCCCGGCGGCAAACCGGAGCCCCAGAGCCCCAGCUGCGUCUACAUCCACCCAGACUCCCCGAACUUUGGGGCGCACUGGAUGAAGGCGCCCGUCUCCUUCAGCAAAGUCAAGCUGUCCAACAAACUGAAUGGCGGCGGCCAGAUCAUGCUGAACUCCCUGCACAAAUACGAGCCACGGAUCCAUAUCGUGAAGGUCGGAGGCAUCCAGAAGAUGAUCAGCAGCCAGUCGUUCCCUGAGACACAGUUCAUUGCUGUGACUGCUUACCAGAAUGAAGAGAUCACUGCUCUGAAGAUCAAGCACAAUCCCUUUGCUAAAGCCUUUUUGGAUGCCAAAGAAAGGAGUGAUCAUAAAGACAUCUCUGACCACAGUGGAGACAGCCAGCAGUCUGGAUAUUCUCAACUUGGAGGUUGGUUCCUCCCAGGUCAGAGUCCAAUUUGCCCCAGCACCAGCCCCCCUCAGUUCAGCGGCAAUGCGCCCCACUCUUCCGGCUCCUACUGCGAGCGUUACUCCAGCCUGAGGAGCCACAGGCCGACGCCGUACCCCAGCCACUACCCGCACCGCAGCUCCAGCGCAAACAACUACAUGGACAACACCUCAGGGGCGCUGCCUACUCAUGACAGCUGGUCCGCCCUUCAGAUUCCCAACUCCACAGGCAUGGGCACUCUGGCUCACACCACCAACUCCACAUCUAAUUCCAGCCAGUACCCCAGCCUCUGGUCGGUAGCCGGAACCACCAUCACACCUUCAGGGUCUUCUUCUGGCUCCAUACCCGGGGGUUUGACCUCCCAGUUCCUGAGGGGUUCGUCCUAUACCGGCCUUACCUCCUCGCUCCCCGUCUCCUCGCCUUCCUCCAUGUAUGACCCCAGCUUAAACGAGGUUGGGGUUGGCGAUGCCCAGUUCGAGAGCUCCAUUGCUAGGCUAACAGCAACCUGGGCACCUGUGGCCCAGAGCUACUGAGGCUCCUCAUGGCUUCAGGAGACAUGCAGCAAUAGAGACUAAUGCUCCAGGGCUGGGGCUAGGAAUGAAUCGUCACAUGACCUGCAAGGAUCUUUGUUGAAAAGCUUAAAAUUUUAAUUGUUGAGUCAGAAAGAUAAAGUUAAUUAUUUUGGAAAUUAAAAAAAGUACAUAUUUGCUUCAAUAAGGGUCUGUGUUGUUCUCAGUAUGGAGACAGUGUAGUUUUUACAACCUGCAGACAAAAACAAAUCAAGCUUUUAUUUUUUCCAACAUGUUUUUUUAGCUGCAUGGUCAAAACUCUUUGCUCUAGCUUGGUUAUUCCAAAAAUGUUCAUUGACGUAAAAUGACUAUAAACAAAGGUUUUGCGAAUGUGAUUGUGUACAUGUGUGUAUAGAGUAAAUUAACGUCCUGUACUUUCAUUUGAACGUGCCUUUCAUUAGUUUCAAAAGUGCCUUUUUUCGUUCAUGACAGGGUUUCGAUGGACCAGCGUGUCCCCUGCUCAGAUGCCUGUAUGUAAGCUAUUUGUAUUGAAUCUGCUGUAAGUUUUAUUUAUAUCAUUUAUUAAUAAAUUAAAAUAUUUACUUUCA